AGCUGAGAGAUUGAAAAGCAAUGGAUUACACCCCACUUGUUCUUCUACUUCUUCCUUGCUUUGUCUGGUUAUGCUUCCAUUUCCUCAUCCUUGGCUCCACCCAUCGGAAAUCCUUCCAAGCCAGGCUUCCGCCGGGCCCCCGCCCUCUACCCAUCAUCGGAAACCUCCUUGAACUCGGCGACAAACCCCACCAAUCACUCACAACUCUUUCCAGAACGUAUGGCCCUCUGAUGUCUCUCAAGCUAGGAAGCACCACCACCAUAGUCAUUUCCUCACCCAAAACAGCCCAAGAAGUACUAAACAAAAAAGACCAGGCCUUCUCCAGCAGGACAGUUCUCAAUGCCAUCCAAAUCCAAGACCAUCACAAGUUUUCAAUGGUCUUUUUACCCGCGUCUGCUCAUUGGCGCAACCUCAGGAAGAUUUGCAGCAUGCAAAUAUUUUCCCCGCAACGUGUUGAGGCCAGCCAAGACCUGCGUCGAAAAGUUGUGCAACAACUUCUAGAGCAUGCCCGUGAAAGUUGCAACAGCGGUCGGGCAGUCGAUGUUGGCAGAGCAGCCUUCACAACCGCCCUCAAUUUGUUAUCGAACACUUUUUUCUCUGUUGAUUUGGCUCACUAUGAUUCCAAUUUGUCACAAGAGUUCAAGGACCUUAUAUGGAGUAUAAUGGUAGAAGCUGGGAAGCCUAAUCUUGCAGACUUCUUUCCGGGCCUCAGAUUGGUUGAUCCACAAGGAAUACAGAAAAGGAUGACGGUUUAUUUUAAUAAACUGGUAGAUGUUUUCGACGGUUUUAUCAAUCAAAGGUUACCGUUAAAAGCUUCUUCCCCGGACAACGAUGUACUAGAUGCCCUCCUCAACCUCAACAAACAACAUGACCAUGAGUUGAGCUGCAACGAUAUCAGACAUUUGCUUACUGACCUAUUCUCUGCGGGAACUGACACCACUUCGAGCACGAUAGAGUGGGCAAUGGCUGAGUUAUUAAACAACCCUAAAGCGAUGGCGAAAGCACAAGAUGAACUCAGUCAAGUAGUGGGCAAAGACAGGAUAGUUGAAGAAUCAGACGUCACAAAGCUCCCUUAUUUACAAGCAGUAGUAAGAGAAACCUUCAGGUUGCACCCACCCGUCCCAUUCCUGGUUCCUAGAAAGGCCGAAAUGGACUCAGAAAUAUCAGGUUAUGCGGUGCCCAAAAAUGCGCAAGUACUUGUCAAUGUGUGGGCUAUUGGCAGAGAUUCGCGGACGUGGUCGAACCCAAAUUCGUUUGUGCCUGAAAGGUUUUUAGAGUGCGAAAUUGAUGUCAAGGGCCGAGAUUUCCAACUCAUUCCCUUCGGCGCUGGAAGAAGAAUCUGUCCUGGAUUGCUGUUAGGCCAUAGGAUGGUGCACUUGAUGUUGGCUUCUCUUCUUCACUCCUUUGAUUGGAAGCUUGAAGAUGGUAUGAGACCGGAAGACAUGGACAUGAGUGAGAAGUUUGGAUUUACAUUACGAAAAGCCCAACCUCUCCGGGCUGUUCCCACCAAACCAUGAUUUGGAGAGAUUUGGAAAAUCUCAUACGGAUUAUCAUAUUAUACAUGUAGUGUCUUUAUUUAUUAAAGUUCCUGCAAUUAUGCAGCAUGAUUAACAAAAAAAAAUUCCUUCCCUGUCAAUUAUGCAAUUAUGCAGCAUGAUUAAUAAAAAGUUCAAGCUUGCCUAAGCUUUGCUCUC